UUUAAAGUCGCUAUCCCCAUUCGCUUGUCUCUCAAAAUCAAAACCCUAAUCUCUUCUUAUCAAGGAAAUAGCGGUUGCUGAUCAUCUCUGGAUUCUGUAUUUCUUGAUCUCUCGUGGAUCUGAUCGUUUAUUUGCUGGAUUAUUGUAUAUCUUUCAGGAUCUUGGAUUUCAAUUUCCUUGUAUUGAAGAAAAAAGAUGGCUCGUACGAAGCAAACUGCUCGCAAAUCAACCGGAGGGAAGGCUCCCAGGAAGCAGCUCGCCACCAAGGCUGCAAGGAAAUCUGCGCCUACGACCGGCGGAGUCAAGAAGCCUCACCGCUACCGUCCUGGAACCGUCGCCCUUCGUGAAAUCCGUAAAUAUCAAAAGAGCACUGAACUUUUGAUCCGCAAGUUACCCUUCCAGCGUCUUGUUCGUGAAAUUGCCCAAGACUUCAAGACGGAUUUGAGGUUUCAAAGUCAUGCGGUUCUGGCAUUGCAGGAGGCUGCAGAGGCAUACCUUGUGGGUUUGUUCGAGGAUACCAACUUGUGCGCUAUCCAUGCCAAGAGGGUCACCAUUAUGCCCAAGGAUAUUCAACUCGCUAGGAGAAUUCGUGGGGAGCGUGCUUAAGUUUCUUUUUUAAUUUGUAUUGAUUCAGGGGUUGUUUUUGUGGGUAAUUUCGGAUUCUAUGUAAUCUAACUGGAUUACAUCUUUAAAGGAUUUUCAUUAUUCAUGCAGCUUGAAUAGCUGGUUCAUUCACAUCAUAUUUUGUCGGUUUUACGAUGAAUGAUAUUUUAUACUGUGUUGGAUUAGAA